AUGAAUAUUUCAAAGAAAAGAACUCUUCAACCAACUAUCAGUGGACUUUUAAAAGAAUCUAUCAAACAAGACUAUGAAAAUAGAAAUUUCACAUUGAUGCAAAAAAAUGCUAUGAAAUACUUUGAAAAAAAUGAUAAUGAAUUGAAUGAAAAACAUAAUAAAGUAAUUACUUCUUUAUCAAUUGAUGUCUGUCUUCAAUUACCUGUUGAAAUACGUAAAAAAAAGGGAUUCUACAAUGACUUUAUCAAUCAUUUUUCAACAAUAUACAAAAUUCAAUCAUUUUGUUUAAGCGAAAAAAAGUUAAAAGAUGGUGUUAAUGCAAGAAUUGUACGAAAAAGAAAGAAAUUUGGAAAAAAUACAGAAAAUAAUGAAAUUAAUUGUUAUCAGUGGGAGAAUAUGUCAAUAAGUGAUCUUGACAUUUUUUUAAGUAAUUCAAGUAAUAGAAAACAAUUUCUUGACCAAUUGUACAAUAAAUUUGAAAAAAUGUACAAUAUUAAUUCAGAAAUGGUGAAAAAGCAAUUUUUUCAAAUUUUCAAUUUUUAUCAAAAAAAAGCUGAAGAAAAAACAAAAAAUAGUUUCAAUGAACUAAAUCCAUUUGAAGUUUUGCUUACUUCAUUGAAUAUUUCAGCAAGAGAAUUGGAUUCAAAUGAAAAAAUUUAUGAACUUUCAGUUCUUAAAAAGGAAAAAAAAUUUAUAUUGAAUUUUGGUUUUUCAAUAUUAUUAGAAAGUUGCGACAUUUUUGAAGUAUGUCAAUUAGCAACUUUAAUUUCAUCUGUCACACCAGUUUUGCCACCAAAGUGUCUAAAACGUGUGAUUUCUUUUUUUUGUUUCUCUUUCAAUUGCCCAGUAGAAAAUGUUCAUGGAAAUGGAAGAGUUUACAAUAAGGCAGUUUGUGAGGAAUGGGAAAAGAUAAAAAAUGAUGUUAUUAAAAAUUAA